GACUCGGAGGGCGUGGCCAUCAUGCUGGGUGUGUGCAGUAGUGGUCUGCUGGUCUACAGAGACAGACUUAGGAUCAACAGAUUCUCGUGGCCGAAGAUCCUGAAGAUCUCGUAUAAAAGGAACAACUUCUACAUCAAGAUCCGACCAGGAGAGUUUGACCAGUUUGAGUCUACUAUUGGUUUCAAGCUGCUGAACCACCGAGCAGCUAAAAGAUUGUGGAAGGUCUGUGUGGAGCAUCACUCCUUCUUCAGGCUGAUGUCUCCAGAGGAGACCCCAAAGAAGUUCCUGUCUCUGGGUUCAAAGUUCCGGUACAGUGGUCGGACUCAGAUCCAGAGUCGUAGAGCCAGCGCUCAAAUAUCUAGACCUGCACCGCACUUCCCACGAUGUAUCAGCAAGAGGAACUUGCUGAGCCGCAGCCUGGACGGAGAUAUGGGUACGGGACUAUACGGAGCAUCUAAAGCCAUCGCCGUCAGUGACCUCAUUACCACGGUAACACCUGAGAGGAGGACGGAGGAGAGGGGGGAGGAGCAAGUGGAGGAGGUGUUGGUGUUGGAGGAGGAGGUGCAGGAGAGGCUGGAGGUGGAUAAAGAGGAAGUGCAGCAGGAUGAGGAAGAGGAGGAGAGGGAGGAGACCAGAGAGAUUUCUCAGCAGAGUCCUCUGACUCCUCAGAAACAGGACACCAAGACGGAGCUGACUGACACAGCUGUGGAUGGAGACCUGACGGCAACUGAGUCUGAUCAGGAUGAAGACUUGAAGACUCAGGAGACGUUGGCAAGUCCAGAAGAGGAGCAGAAACCUCAGAGCACCAUCAGCGCUCUCAGGCGCUCGUUCUUAGAGGGAGGAGGAGGAGGAGGAGGGAUGACAGAGUGGGAGAAACGUCUUGCCUCCUCACCUCUACGCCGAGUGGAUGACUCCCCGAUGAUUGAACCGCUGGAACCAGACGAGACGUCAGAGAAGGUGGAGACUGUCUUCUUGAUGACGGAGCCAUGUGACCAGGACCAGCCGAUGGCAGACCACCCUCAGGAGGUCCCAGUGAUGAGGAAGACUCUCACAUAUGAAGCUCCAGGAAGCCAAGUGGACUCUGAUCCUCCCACAGGUUUACUGUUGAGCUCCCAGACCUUCACUGCAGAGACCUCCAACACCACCACCACCACACACAUCACCAAGACGGUUAAAGGAGGGAUUUCAGAAACCAGAAUUGAGAAGAGAAUUGUGAUUUCUGGAGACUCAGAAAUUGACCAUGACCAGGCUUUGGCUGCGGCGCUCAGCGAGGCGCGUCGGCAGCAUCCUGAGCUGUCUGUCACACGAGUCGUCGUCCAUAAAGAAACAGAGGUGUCUCCUGAACACGUGAAUGAUUAGUGACAUCACAGGAGUGACUGUAGAAGUCCAUGCUGCAUUAUGGAAGUUGUAGUCCAGACUACAGAGCCAACAGCGACACACAGUGGACAUUAAUGGAACUGAGGAUUUACACACACAUAUACACACACAUGCAUGUACACCUGUACAUACACAACAGCACCUGUCUGUCUCUUGGGGGCAGGGCCCGUGGCUGAGUUAGCUUCAAAGCAGUUAGCAUUAGUUUGAUUGUAUGAUUAGGUCUAGUUGAAAGCUUCAUGAUGGUACAACUGUUUAGAUAAUUUGUAUAGACAGGUGAGCCACAGACAGGUAAAAGAUGGACAGGGGACGCUGCUGUGACACCAUCAACACAUUCCCAUAGCAACUAGACCACUAGAGCCGAUGAACUUUCACCACAAAUUAACACCAAAACUUGACCUGUUGCUGCAUUUACUUUCAACUUAAACAAGCCCUGCCCCCAAACACCAGAUACCCUGACAGGUUGAAGCAGACAUCCGACUGGUUGGUUGACUCAGAUGUAUUUGCUCCUGAUUGUGUACGAUGGAAGAAAUCAGCUUAAUGAAACUUCAGACAAACGUUUGCAUCACAUCUGACAGAUCUGUAAUAAUAACUGCUGACUCUGUUGCACCUGGUGAGGUCACCUGACUCUAACCUGUAUCACCAGAUGAGGGUCUUCUGACAGUCUGGUGCAAACGGUUUCCCAUCUGAAAUUUAAAAUAGCAUGACUGCUAGCACUGUAACUAUUCACUAUAUAGCAGCUAAAUUUAAGAUCUGUAUUUACCCAUAAUGCAAAAGUAAUGUGCCAUUCUCUCAUCUCGCCAUGGAAACCCUCAUUAUGAAUUAUUUUUCUCAUCUAUGUAUUGGUUUUUGUGUUUGUUUGUUUAUUUAUUUAUUUAUUGAACUGUGUUUGUCUGUAAUCCCAGACUGACUGACUGACCACUCCUCCUGGUGUCAUAUUACAAAUUUACCACUCCCCUUAAUGUUAUAUUACAGACUGAUCACUCCCCCUGAUGUCAUAUUACACCUUGACCCCUACCCCUGGUGUCAUAUUACAGACAGACCACUCCCCCUGAUGUCAUUUUACACAUUGGCCCCUCCUCCUAGUGUCAUAUUACAUAUUGACCACUCCCCCGGUGUCAUAUUACAGACUGACCACUCCCCCUGAUGUCAUAUUACACCUUGACCCCUCCCUCUGGUGUCAUAUUACACAUUGACCACUCCCCCUGGUGUCAUAUUACAGACUGACCACUCCCCUGGGUAUCAUAUUACACAUUGACCACUCCCCCUGGUGUCAUAUUAAAGACUGACCACUCCCCUGGGUGUCAUAUUACACAUUGACCACUCCCCCGGGUAUAACCCAUAAAUAUAAAUCUUGUUUUAUUUUCUUUAUGAUAACUUCGAACUUACUGAAUGUGUUUUCAUCCACUGAACUCCAAUAAAAG